UUAACAACAUUGUGGUACUGAUGACCAUAUUGUGGAUGGUGUUUGUAUUUUCAUGUACAUAAAGGGUACAAGCGACCUAUAUGAGACUUUUAUUUUAAAAUCUAGGUGCAGGUUGACUUAAUUAUGCAGUGAUUUCGUAGCUUCACAUGUCUCACUUCUCCGUGAAAUACUCGAAGCGCUUGUGUUCUUUAACUACCCGUUUUCCUUAAACCCCGCCCUCCUGUGCUUUGAUUGGCUCAUUCAGAAGCGGACGCUGUCCUCCAAACAGUUAUAAUGAACAACAAAACGAGUAUAACUAAAGAAAAGUCAUACAGAUUAAAAUCAGAUUUUAUAUUUAUAUCCGAAUUAAAGAGUCGAGUUGCUACGGCAAUGUCGAGUGACCAGUCAGCGACCAAUCAUGGCGCAGGGAGGGGCGUGGUUUUGGCAAAACGGGUGCGAAAGAAAUAGCGCUGGAUGAAACGUUGGGAGUUUCUCAAUGUCGAGGCUCUUUCCUUGGUAGGACGAGUCCUUCAGAGGCCUGGCAAGACUCCUUCCGAGCAUUCCUCGGAGAACACACAAUCAUGGAACGGUCUAACGAGUGUGCAGAUGUGCGUCAUUGAAAAGGUUCCGCCUUCAAUAUUCCGCGCGACAAUUUAAAAAAAAUAGUGGAAAUAAUAAUAUUUUCAUCGUAAUAAUGGAGGCGGCGUGGCUGUUUGUGCUCUUCAAAUAUUUUGUUGAAAUGGAGGAAGAAAUUGAAAUGGAGCACCGGCGGCAGUCUCUCAGGAGGAGGAGGAGGCUGUACUGCCGGCUCCUCUGCCAGCGGCGGGCUCAGGUCCGUCAUUACUGUGCCAUCAACGCCACUGUACCUGUGCUCCAGAGGUACUUUGGGAACGAGGACACCCACCCAGACUUUGCGCUGGGCCGAGAGGCCAUACAGCAGCUCCUGGUGGCCCUGAAGACGGAGAGGCAGCAUGGAUGGGGCCCAACUCUGGAGACUUUGGUGUUCCUGUUCUGGCUGGUCACCGGCUCCGCUUACAGGCUUGUGUCCAGAGUUUUUAAUAUACCUCUUCCGACCGUCCACAGGGUCAUCCAUAGGAUGGCAGAUGAGGUGGUGGCCGUCCUUCCCCAGUUCGUCUGCCUCCCAUGCACACAGGAAGAAGUCCAGGUGGUCGGGGAGGGUUUUGCCCAGUUGGCUCGGGACCAUGUUUUUGCCAAGGCAGCUGGGGCAAUAGACUUCUGCUACAUUAGAAUUAAAUGUCCCGGAGGCCCUAACAGUCAUGACAACCGGUACAGGAAGCUGUUCCCGUCAAUGGUGCUCCAGGCCGUCUGUGACCACCAGGGUCGCUUCAUUGACAGUUUUGUGGGUUACCCAAGAAGCGUCCAUGAUGCGCACAUCUUGAAGAACAGCCCCAUCUACACUAAACGGACUUACCCUCCACCUGGGUAUUUCAUCCUUGCUGAUGGUAGUUACCCGUGUCUACAGGAACCCCUGGCUCUUAUCACACCGUACAAGAGGCCAGUAAGAGGCAUUGCAGAACAACGGUUCAAUUACCAUCAUGCCAGAGCUCAUGCAAUCAUCAAGCAUACCUUCGGAAUGAUGAAAACCCGCUUCAGGUGCAUCUUUUUAGAACCACUUGAAGUACAUCCACAAUUUGUUCCCAAGGUGGUGACUGCAUGUGUCAUUUUACACAACAUAUGCCUCGAGGUUGGGGAUGACCUACCACCAGAAGAGGCGGUCCAGAAGGAGGACGACCAGCCCCCUGCUGAGUGCGAAGUUGGGGACAGUCAGAAUGGAGCUGCAUGGCGCACAGCUUUGGCCAAUGAGGUGUCGUCGCUUCAGGAGGCACCUCUCGACCACGACUAUUUUGCCCAGUCUUGAAACAUCAAUGUCGACAUCAACAUCACAUCACCUCAUUUGUUUUAUCUAUGCAAUAAAAUUUGCGUAUUAUUGUUAAA